AUGCUGGCGCGGCUGCUCGCGCACUGCGUCGAGCAGAUCGCCCUGGACGGCGAGCAGGGUUCGGAUGUAGAGCGCGUGUUCCAGUUUGUAGCCGAGUGCCUCGCGCGCGCGAAUGUCGGCGCGGUCCUCGACGCGCCGUACCGUGCCUAUGUUUGGGACGCGCUCCUCGCGCAUCCCCACGUCUCGCUCGGCGUCGAGGAGGCGGCGCACGCCAAGAGCGCGAAGCGCACAUCGGUGCUAGGAAAGUCGAGCGAGGUGCCGGUGCCGCGCAGAGUGGACAAUGCGCCGCUCGCAGAGGCGCAGGCCAAGUACCGCGACGCGCUCCGCGUCCUGGUCGACGCACCGAUCGUGCGUGCAAAGCUCACCGGCGCGCGCGACGCGUCGUUCCUGUCCGCCGCCGCGUACCACGUCCUGCAGCACGUCAGCCGCGCGCGCGCGGCGGGCCUCACGGUCGUCGCCCUCGGCGCGGCGACGCACUAUGACCAAAAGACGGUCUACUACCUCGUCAAGGCGCUGCUCGAGCGCGAUCUUGUCGCCAAGUUUUCUGCGCCGGAAAUGGGGCACGUCUCCAACUACAUCGUGUGCAAGGCCUAUCUGGCCGACAAUCCCCAAUGGCGCGCGCAGCAGGACGCACUCGGAGCGGACAGCGACGGGGUGGGCGAGCCGACGUACGUCGACGUCGACCGCCUCGCGAUCGAGAAACACGAAAGCGACGACGACGACGAGCCGAUGUCGGAUAUGGCCGUCGCUGGCGACACGGCCCACGAGCACGAGAUGCUCGCGUACCCGCUGCUCUCCGACGAGCAGAGCCGCGUGUGGCUGCACUCGCGACAGGACCUCCUUCGCGUACGCCUGUACAAAAUGCUGCUGCGCUCGCGCGCCCACAUGACGCCGCGGCGCAUGCUCGCCCUGCGCCUGGGGCUGCGGCCCGUGCAAGGCAGCAAGCGCGCCUUGAUCGCCUUUCUCAACCGGUACAUUGCCGCGGGCUACGUCGAGCGCGUGCGCGUGCAAAUGAGCGGCGCCUCGCCGCUGUACCUGCGCGCCACGCCACACGGCCUCGCGACCGCGUUUGGGGAGCAGGACGCGGCGGGGGACGCGGCGCAGCACGGCCUUGAUGCGUGGCGCAUCGAGCGCGAAGCGACCAUUGAGCAGCAGCUCAUCGCAUACAUAUACGCGGCCGGCAACAAGGGGUGCACGCUGCACGACCUCGCCGAGCAUUUUCACGCCUCGACCGACAUGAAGCGCAUCAUUGAACAGAUCCUCGCGCGGACGACCGCACCGCCGUACACGCCCUAUACCAUCUGCGCGCCUUUUGAGCAGGAAGGACGCGAGCGGCGUGUGCGGUACUAUGCAUUUGCGGGGUUCCAGGCACGGUGCAAGAGCGACGGCGUGGACCUCGCGACGGGCCUCGGCCUCGCCCCCGGCUCGCACGUCCCGAUCGCACCGGCGACCGUACCGCCCCGCCUGCCUGGCGAGGCGCUGUUUGCCGACAAGGCCGCGUACCGUGCGGCACUCGACGGGAUGCAGCGCCGCGAGCUUGGGUUUUUCCGCGACGUCGAGGGGCCGGUCGCGCUGCACAAGCGCAAGUUUGGCAACGUCGAUCCGGCUACCGGCCAGGCCAAGCGUGGCCGGCCACGCAAGGUGCCCAAGGCCGAGCCCGACGAGGCGCCGCCGCCGCCGCCGGCGGUGGCGCCUGCGCCUGCGCCUGCGCUGCCCGAAGUGGUGCCUAGUGCGGCGCCGAGCGCAUGGUCGCAGCUGCAGCCGGCCGCGCCGCGUGCCGAUGCGCGGCGUACGAACCUGAGCACGUUCCACCGCAGUGCGCUGCUGCUCGAUGUCGUCGAGCGGGCCGGAGGUGCGGUCGACGAGCUCGAUGUGCCGCGGAUGCUGAAAGAACAAGGCACGACGUCGACCGACCUGUCCGACCGCACGACGCGGUCCAAGGUCAUCAAGGAAGCCGUCCAGCGUGGGCUCCUGCGCACGACCAAGGUCCAGCGCGAAGUCGGCGACGUGCACCGCCAGCGCACGAUCCUCUACGUGCCGACGUUGAGCGACAGUGCGCUGCAGCAGCAUGUGCGCGACGUUGUGGAAGGGCACACGGCGCGCGGCACGAUCAAGCAUGCCGACGUGUCUGCCGCCGACGCCGGCCUCGCUGCCGUGCCGUCGUCUCUGCCGUGGGCGUCGGAGCGCAGCGCUGAUGAGCUCCUCGACGACCCGUCGACGCGCGAGGCAUUUGCGCGCCUCUCGCACGUCCUGCGCCCCUUUUACGGCUUCUUUCACGGAGCGGCCGUGCGCCUGCGCCUCUUUCACGGCGCGGCGCUCGCGGCGCACGCGGACCCGCUGCUGCUGGACUAUUUUUGGACCGCGUGCCCCCUCUGGACGUACGUCGCGCUGGUUCCGGUCAAGCUGCGCACACGCACGGUGGUCAAGGCGGUGCUCGGCGCACAGAGCCGCACGAUGCCUGUGCGCGAGCUGCCCGAGCCGGUCGCGCAGCGCCUCGGCCUGCGCCGCAUCAAGGCGCACGCCACGCGCUUCCAAAGCUAUGCCGAGCAGCUCGUCGCGCUCGGCUGCGCGGCGCGCGACCGCGACGCGUACCGCCUGACGAACCCGACGCUAGGCGAUACGACGUACGACGUGCACACGCCCGACGGCUUUGACGCGUACUGGCGCGCGCUCCACGAGACCUAUGCGCGGGAAGACGGUCCCGAGGCGCCGCUCGGGAUCCUGCACGCGCGCCACGCGUGGCAGGACUCGUUUGUGCUGCGGCGGCCGCAGAAGCUGUUUCUGCGCCGCUUUGUGCAGCAUGCGCCUGACGACGCGCUGAUCGACCGCCUGGCGCAUGCGUGCCUUGCGCCCCGCGACGCGGUCGCCGCGUACUUUGCUGCGCCGCGCGCCGCGCGCCCCGCCGACGUCCUCUCGCACAAGGUCGCGCUCCGGCGCGCGCAGCGCGAGAGCGAGUUUGACGCGAUGCUCGCCGCGGAGCAGGCCGAGCACGCGGUGCCCGAGGAGCGCCGCGAGGCCGUUGCGCACCUCAUUGCGCAGCACAAGCGACGGUACCUGCACGGGCGCGAGGCGCUCGCGCCUGCCGAGCUGCAGGCGCGGCUGCGCACGACCUUUUCGGCGCGCCCGCCGAGGCGUGUGCGGCGCACGGUGCCGCGCACGCGCAGCGCCAUGGCGUGGACGCCCGAGCGCCAGGAGCUGCUGCGCGACGCGUACAUUGUCCUGCGCGAGCGGCACCAUCAUGCGGGCGGCGUGCCCGACUACUCUGCGCUGCUCCAGCUCACGCCCGGCGGGCAGGAGAGUGCGUGGACGACGUGGCGCGUGCGUCUCAAGCAGCUGAUGCACUCGCGCACCGAGCAGGUCUCGCUGCGCCUGCUGGAGCGUGCCUGGGCGCCGCUCGUGGCGGCUGCGCGCGCGAGCGGCGCUCUGGACGACCCCCACUUUCCGCACAUGACGUCGCUCGAUCUCGGCGCGCACGUUGCGUACCUGCGCGCGCACCUCGACAAGGGCGCGGUGCUUGCGGCGCACGCGGACGCGGCGAAGCACGUCACACUGCCGCUGCGCCUCGGCGACGAGGCGGCGCUGUGGGUGCCGCUCGUGCCCCGCACCUCGCUUGCGCUCCCCAGCGAGAACAUGCCGAUGGUGCACCGCUUGCAGGCGCAGCGUGUGCGGCCUCUGAGCUGGGCGACCUUUUCCAGCACCGAGCACGCGCCGGACGGCGGCGGCUGUGCGCGUGCGGCGGUGCGCAUGCUGGUGCACGCCGACGCUGGCGCGGUGCAGCACCUCGCGGCGACGCUCGGCGAGCAGGCGGUCGACGCGGCGAUCGCGCAGCUGGUCGCGGAGCGCGUCGUGCGUGUCGCCGGCGAGCGCAACGGGCGUGUGCAGCUCGUCUUUACCGAAGAGUGCAUGCGCGCGCUGCAGGAGCCGUACCUGCUCGCGACGAUGCGCGACGCGCAACACGCCGCGCGCCGCCUCUUUGAGGCGGGCCGUGCGACGGCGCACCCCGCGGCGACCGACGGGGAGACCGCGGCGUGGAUCAGUCUGAUGGACGCCGGCGCGGUGCGUGCGACGCUCGAUAUGGCGCCGCUGCACGAGCUGCGCAAGCGGACGCAGCUCAAUGCGCGUACGCUCGACGACGUCGAGACCGAGUGUGCGGUGCAUCUCGCGGCCGCGGGCGAGAUGCGCGUCCACGCCGAGGUGUCGCCCGUGCCGUGGCCCGCGCCGUGCGGGUCGUUUGCGUGUGCGGACGACCCCCGCGGCGUGCCUGUCGCGAGGCUCGCGCCCGACGAGCUCGCCGCUGCCGACGGCGCGCUGGCGGCGGGCGCCGCGUACGCCGUGGGCUACGACGCCCCCCGGAUUGUCGCGGCGGCGCACCUGUCCGCGUGGACACUGCCCGGCGCCGACGGCCGCUUUUUGCCGUGUGCGUGGCGCGACAUGGACGGUGCGCUGCGCCACGAUGUGUGGGCGCAGCGUGUGCAGCUCGUCCAGAGCUGGGUCACGUCGCGCCCCGGCCUCUCGCUGGCGCACCUUGCGCUGCAGCUGCGCCCCGCCGUCGACCGCCUCGAGCUGCUGGAGCUGGUGCGUGGGCUGCAGCAUGCCGGUGUCGUGCGCGUGCGCGCCCCGCACCCCCUUGGCCUUGCGCCCGACGAGGCGACGGCGCUGGACGUCGGCGCGUGUGCGUGGUUUGCCGUAGUGUAA